UCGCGCUUCCGGUGCGGCGCGACGCGGCCGGGCGGGGGCGGCGGAGCGGGCGCAGCGCAGGGAGCGGCGCCGGAGAGGCACCGGCGGGAUGGAGCGGCCCGAGCGGGCUGCGGCGGCGCUGGGUGCCCAGCCCCGCGCCAACGGCUGCAGCGGCGCUGCCCACGGCGCCCUCCGCAACGGCUACGUGCGUGGCCUGCCCGCGCCCGACACCCAGAUAAAUCACAUUGUGCACAAUGGAGGAUUAUACAAAAGGCCUUUCAAUGAAGAUUUUGAAGAAACACCGAUGCUGGUUGCUGUGCUGACCUACGUAGGCUAUGGUGUUCUCACUCUCUUUGGAUAUCUGCGAGAUUUCAUGCGGCAGUGGAAGAUUGAGAAGUGUCAAAAUGCAACAGAAAGAGAAGAACAAAAGGAUUUUGUCCCAUUGUACCAGGAUUUUGAAAAUUUCUACAACAGAAACCUCUACAUGCGCAUCCGGGACAGCUGGAACCGUCCAAUCUGCAGUGUGCCAGGGGCCAAAGUGGACAUGAUGGAGAGAGUUUCCCAUGACUAUAACUGGACGUUUACGUACACGGGGAGAGUGAUAAAGGACAUUAUUAAUAUGGGUUCCUACAACUACCUUGGAUUUGCACAGAAGGCUGGGACUUGUCAAGAAGCAGCAGCUAAAGUUUUGUCCCAGUAUGGAGCUGGGGUGUGCAGCACUAGGCAGGAGAUGGGAAACUUGGACAAACAUGAGGAGCUGGAAAAGCUAGUUGCCAGGUUCCUAGGUGUGGAAUCUGCAAUGGCAUAUGGAAUGGGGUUUGCAACCAACUCUAUGAACAUUCCUGCUUUAGUUGGCAAGGGCUGUCUGAUUUUGAGUGAUGAACUGAAUCAUGCAUCGCUAGUGCUUGGAGCAAGACUGUCAGGAGCAACUAUUCGAAUUUUUAAGCACAACAAUAUGCAAAGCCUGGAGAAGCUGCUCAAAGAUGCUAUUGUGCAUGGGCAACCUCGUACACGGAGGCCCUGGAAAAAAAUUCUUAUCUUGGUGGAAGGAAUAUACAGUAUGGAGGGAUCCAUAGUCCGUUUGCCUGAAGUGAUUGCCCUUAAGAAGAAGUACAAAUCCUAUCUAUACCUUGAUGAGGCUCAUAGUAUAGGUGCCCUGGGUCCCACUGGCCGGGGUGUAGUGGAGUAUUUUGGCCUCAAUCCUGAAGAUGUGGAUGUUAUGAUGGGAACAUUCACCAAGAGCUUUGGAGCUGCUGGAGGAUACAUUGGGGGCAAGAAGGAACUGAUUGAUUACCUCAGGACAUACUCUCACAGUGCUGUGUAUGCAACAUCACUGUCACCUCCUGUUGUGGAGCAAAUCAUCACCUCCAUGAAGUGCAUUAUGGGUGAAGAUGGUACAACUGUUGGGAAAGCGCGUGUGCAGCAGCUAGCAGAGAACACGAGAUACUUCAGGAGACGACUGAAAGAGAUGGGCUUUAUCAUCUACGGAAAUGAAGAUUCCCCUGUUGUGCCUCUGAUGCUGUACAUGCCAGCAAAAAUUGGUGCAUUUGGGCGUGAGAUGCUGAAGCGGAACAUCGGUGUUGUGGUUGUGGGGUUCCCUGCCACCCCCAUCAUCGAAUCCAGAGCCAGAUUCUGUUUAUCUGCAGCUCAUACCAAAGAGAUGCUUGAUACGGCUUUAAAAGAAAUCAAUGAAGUUGGGGACCUUUUGCAACUGAAAUAUUCCCGUCACCGUUUGGUACCUCUCUUGGACCGUCCGUUUGACGAGACAACAUAUGAAGAAACUGAAGACUGAACUCCCUCCAUGUGCCUUGAUGGGAGGGACACACCCCGUGGGACACUCCGUGGCACGCAGGCCACAACGUCCAUGAACAACACACUUAUGACUGCUUAGAAUAAAAGACAUUUCCUCACAAUACUGAAGUGGCCACAUCAGCUCUAAAUGGCAUUUUGUAAAUAGGGAGAGGAGAAAAAAAAAAAAAGCUUUGAUUCCCGUGUCUUUGGGGUCCGGCCCUGAAGGUGCUUGGCUUUGUUUUUUUCUUGUUGCUUUUUUUAUUUAUUUGUCUCAAUGAGUUCACAGCAACCCAAGUUGGCUGUGGCUGAUCAGCUCAGACUUUGUAGGCACCAUUGGCUUCCCAAAUGCUGGCUGAGAUGUUGUGAGCAUGUGUGACGCUGGCAUGGCAGCAUUUCCAGUGUCACUGCUAGGUGUCUGACCUUCCCAGUAAGGAGUGAGCUGACCUGUCUGUUCUUGGAGACUUCCUAGAGAAACUGUUGAUUGCUAACUUUGACAUACUUAACAAGAUGGAUAAUCAACCAAAGUUUUUUUUUUUUUUCUUUUACAGUUACUUGUGUUUAAAACUUGAAUUUAGCCUUUUUAAAAUAAAUGUGUUGUUGACAUGUCACUGACA